AUGGACAACGCUCCUGCUCAAAAAGUAAUACUCGCCGUUCUGACUCCCGCACCUACCAGACGUUUUCUCCCUCCAUCCUCCUCUGGUGCUACGUCCUCCAUCCGUUCCUCAAACCAGAGGAACGUAUUUCAGCCCUCGCGAUCGACGCAGCCUGUUGCGGCCUCGCCCUUUGGCGCGACACCACGCUUUCAUCUAGGGAUUCGUGGAGAGAAAGAUGACAUCCAGACAACCUUCGAUGAUGAUGACGACGACGAUACGUCCGUUCUGCCAAAGGGUCGCGUCGGUGCCCAUGCGCAAGAUGCCAUUGAGGUCGAGCAUGACGAGCUCGAAAGAACGUCACCCUUGCUGCAUCGGAACAGAUUUAUCACCCCAGUUGUCAAAAGACGCAAAGUCUCCCAUCCCGAGGUUGGGCCAGUCCGGACAAUCACUAUCUCGUCCUCUCCAGAGGUGGACGAUCUUAGUCAAGACGAUGCAUAUGAUGAUAUGGGAAUACCUGCUUCGGAGUCGGAGCUGGAAGACAACAUUGAUCUCGCCUCGAAGACGCCUGAGACGAACGAGUCAAACAGAGCAAUUAGGUUUCGAGGCACAACUACCGCCAUGGCAGAUGCGACCCCGCUCUCUAGGACGGUCUUUAAGUCUGCCUCGGACGGUUUUCAACCAACGCCAGCUACAAGUGCUCCAGUAUUACCCGAUGUCUUCUCCCCGUCACGACGUAAGGGGAAGGGUGACUACGUCUCUGGCGGCAGUGCAGACCUGGUGCGGAACUGGGUUCUUCACGUUGCCGCACAGGAGUCACAAGCCGCGACGAACCCCGAGCUGACCAUCAAUGUUAGAAAGGUGGUGAAGGAUAAAAGCGGUCGCUUCGUUAUUGUUGUCGACGAGAAUGCCUCGCAAUGGCUGCUUCCGGAACAGCAUCAGAAGGGAUUCACUACCCUAAGGACCACAUGGCCUGAGCUGCACACGGGCUCACGUAUUCUUCUCAAAGGCAAAGCUACAAGAUGGCCUCUUCAGCUGGAUAACACCUUCGGUGACGUCUGUGUGGCUGCAUACUGGGAGCUUAUCUCGAAUGGGUAG